AAGCCAAUCACACUACGAUACCGAAGAAGAAAGAUCUUUCCCCAUAAAAUCAGCUGUGGGGAAAGCAGGCUCUGUCGCAUAUUUAACCGGAACCAUGCAAGAAGCGGUGAAUUCACAAAACUGGGAGUUUGGUGUCAAAGAAUGGUAUAAAAGGCGUUCUGAAUGGCUGUUGGAUCACGAUAAAAUUACGAAUGAGUAUUCUUUAGAGGAAGUGGUGAUCCCAAAAGAUGUUUAUUUGGGUGUCUAUAAAAUGCUAGUACACCAAGAACAGAAGCUGAAACGACCGGUGAAAUUAAGUACUAUUGUUGCCGUUUUAAAAACCGGAUGGAUUGAAGAAGGGUUUUGGCCUGCAACUUCCAAGUAAAAAUUAGGAAAUACCCACGCGUGAAAUGAAACAAAGAAGAAAUUUGUUGAAGUAUAAUUGUUUUACCUCUACGUGAUCCUCUAUCGUUUGCAUGAAUUAAAAUAUGAUAGUCUACCUCUUGCUAAUAUUAUUGCAUUUCUCUUAAACAUAAGCUAU